GCGGCGGUUGCGGUGAGCCGAGAUCGCACCAUUGCACUCCAGCCUGGGUAACAAGAGCGAAACUCCGUCUCAAAAAAAAAAAAGAUUUCCCAGUCUGCAAGGACCCGACGCAACGAGCAGGUGCUGCACACCAACCUCCCGGCGCCUGGUGGGUACAAGCACAAGGUCGCGCAGAAGAAGCAUCUCAAUGGCCAGUGAAGGUCUACCCGUGCCGCUGCUACCCCGGCCACGUAUUCUCCUUGCCUCAGCCUGGUACUGCCCUGGAAGAGAGCUGUUUGACUACAUAAUUUCCCAGGAUCACCUGACAGAAGAGGAGACCAGGGUUGUCUUCCAUCAGAUAGUAUCUGCCAUCACUUAUGUGCACAGCCAGGGCUAUGCUCAAAGGGACCUCAAACCAGAAAAUUUGCUCUUUGAUGAAUAUCAUAAAUUGAAGCUGAUUGACUUUGGUCUCUGUGCAAAGCCCAAGGGUAACAAGGAUUAUCAUAUACAGACACGCUGUGGGAGUCUGGCUUAUGCAGCACCUGAAUUAAUACAAGUGAAGUACAGUAAGCCCUCUGUAUCUGCGAGUUUCACCUCUGUGAGUGCAACAUCUGUGAAUUCAACCAACAAUGGAUCAAAAAUAUUCAAUGAGAAAAAAUGGCACGGUAGGAACAACUCAGGAUUGCAGCUCUCAGUGAAGGCACAGAGGGUGAGUCCUAGCUGCAUUUCCAGAUGGAUCUUUGUUGCCCACAGAAUGGGGAAAUUUCCAGGUGCAGGAGAGUCAUGGGAAGCCAGUGCAGCCCUCUUGGCUUCUGCGGGCCGUUUCAGAUGGAGCCACAGUGCAGCGGCACCCCGCACAAAAUGCGCUGAUCUGGGUGCCCUGUUAAACCGGCAAUCUGAGAUUUGGGAGGGCAGAUGAGCCAGACAAGGAGAUUUCCGGGAAAUGACAUUUGAGCCAGUGCAGUGGGCUCCUGCAAGGGAAAUCACACAGAUUUCGGUGCCCUGCCAGCAGGCGACUAAAACACCUGGGAGAGAGUCAUUCGUUCAACUUAAAAAAAAAUAGGGAGAAAGGGCUCUGAGGCAGGGAGCCAGGUGAUCAGGCUCGGCAUGUCCCACCCCCACAGGGACAAACAAAACGGAGAAUCAGAACGCUCGGGGUUGAGAGUUUCACUGCGGGCACAGAUGAAUGCAGGACAGUGAAGCUCCGUGGGGGAAGGGCAUCUGCCACUACUGACGCAUUCCGCCCCUACUGAGGUACAUGCCCAUUGCUCACGCAGCCUGCCAUUGCCAAGGCAACCCGCCAUAACAGAGAGACUGCCAACAGGGCAGAGCCCAUGACAACAGGGCAGAGCCCACGGGCAACAGGGUGGAGCCCAGGACAGAAGGGCGGAGCCCACAGCAGCAGGGCAAAGCCCACAGCAGCAGGGCGGAGCCCACAACAGCAGGGACUAGAGUGCACCUCAGCAGUUGUACAGCAGAGGGGCUAGACUGUUAAAAGGAAAAACUAAGUAACAGAAAUACUUCAGCAUCAACAAUCUGGGCGUACACUCAGAGACCCAAUCAAAAAGCCAGCAACUACUCAGACGACAGGUGGAUAAAUCCACAAAGAUGGGAAGAAACCAGCGCAAAAAGGAGGAAAACACCCGAAACCCAAAACACCUUGCCUCCUACAAGGGACCAAAACUCCUCACCAGCAAGGGAACAGAGGUGGAUGGAGAAUGAGUGUGAUGAAAUGACGGAAUCAGACUUCAGAAGGUAGAUAAUGAGAAACGUCUGUGAGCUAAAAGAACAUGCUCUAAAUCAAUGCAAAGAAACUAAGAACCUUGAAAAAAGAUUUGAAAAAAGAUUAGAGGAAAUGAUAACAAGAAUGGACAACGUAGAGAGGAAUAUGAAUGAAUUGAAGGAGCUGAAAAACACAACAUGAGAACUUCACAAAGCAUGCACAAGUUUCAACAGCUGAAUUGACCAAGCAGAAGAAAGAAUAUCAGAAGUCGAAGAUCAACUCAAUGAAAUAAAAUGAGAAAGCAAGAUUAGAGAAAAAAGUGCAAAAAGGAAUCAACAAAGUAUCCAACAAAUGUGGAACUAUGUAAAGAGACCUAAUCUAUGUUUGAUAGGUGUACCAGAAUGUGACAAAGAGAAUGAAUCCAAGCUGGAAAAUACUCUUCAGGAUAUUAUCCAGGAAAAUUUCCCCAACCUAGCAUGACAGGCCAAUAUUUCAAGUCCAGGAAAUACAGAGAACACCACAAAGAUAUUCCGCAAGAAGAGCAAUCCCAAGGCACAUAAUCAGCAUAUUCACCAGGGUUGAAAUGAAGGACAAAAUACUAAGGGCAGCCAGAGAAAAAGGUCGGGUCACCCACAAAGGGAAGCCCAUCAGACUCACAGCAGAUCUCUCAGCAGAAACUCUACAAGCCAGAAGAGAGUAGGAGCCAAUAUUCAGCAUCCUUAAAGAACUUUCAACCGACAAUCUCAUAUUCAGCCAAUCUGAGCUUCAUAAGUGAAGGGAAAAUAAAAUCCUUUGCAAACAAGCAAGUACUCAGAGAUUUUGUUACCACCAGGCCUGCUUGACAAGAGCUCCUGAAAGAAGCACAUAGAAAGGAACAACCAGUAUGAACCAUUCUAAAAACAUACCGAACGCUAAAGAGCAUCAACAAAAAGAAGAAUCUGCAUUAAAUAACGGGCAAAACAGCCAGCUAGCAUCAAAAUGGCAGUAUCAAAUUCACACAUAACAAUAUUAACCCUAAAUGUAAACAGGCUAAAUGCACCAAUCAAAAGCCACACACUGGCAAAUUGGAUAAAAAAACAAAACCCAUUGGUGUGCUGUAUCCAGGAAACCCAUCUCACAUGUAAGGAUACAGAAAGGCUCAAAAUAAAGGGAUAAAGAAAGAUUUACCAAGCAACUGGAGAGGAAAAAAAAAAGCAGGAGUUGCAAUUCUCAUCUCUGAUAAAAUAGACUUUAAAGCAACAAAGAUCAGAAGAGACAAAGAAGGCCAUUACAUAAUGGUAAAAAGAUCGAUACAAUAAGAAGAGCUAACGAUCCUAAACAUAUAUGGACACAAUACAGGAGCACCCAGAUACAGAAGGCAAGUUCUUAAUGACUUACAAAGAGACUUAGACUCCCACACAAUAAUAGUGGGAGACUUUAACACCCCACUGUCAAUAUUAGAUCAACCAGACAGAAAAUUAACAAGGAUCUCAAGGGCUUGAACUCAGACCUGGAACAAGCAAACCUGAUACACAUUUACAGAACUCUCCACCCCAAAACCACAUAAUAUACAUUCUUCUCAGCACCACAUCACACCUACUCAAAAAUUGACCACAUAAUUGGAAGUAAAGCACUGCUCAGCAAAUGCAAAACAACUGAAAUCAUAACAAACAGUCUCUCAGACCAUAGGGCAAUCAAGUUAGAACUCAGAUUUCAGAAACUAAUUUAAACCACACAGCGUCAUGGAAACUGAACAACUGGCUCUUGAAUGUUGAUUGGAUAAACAAGGAAAUGAAGGCAGAAAUAAAGAAGUUCUUUGAAACCAACGAGAAUGAAGACACAACAUACCAGAACCUCUGGGACACAUUUAAAGCAGUCUCUAGAGGAAAAUAUAUAGCAAUAAGGGCCCACAUGAGAAGAGUGGAGAGAUCUAAAAUUGACACCUUAUCGUCAAAAUUAAAAGAGCUAGAGGAGCAAGAUAAAAAAAACUCAAAACCUAGUAGAAGACAAGAAAUAACUAAGAUCAGAGCUGAACUGAAGGAGAUAGAGACACGAAAAACCCUUCAAAAAAUCAAUAAAUCCAAGAGCUGGUUUUUUGAAAAGAUCAACAAAAUAGACAGACCACUAGCCAGAUUGAUUAAAAAGAAAAGAGAGAACAACCAAAUAGAUGCAAUAAAAAACGAUAAAGGGAAAAUCACCACAGAUUCCACAGAAAUUCAAACCAUCAUUAGAGAAUAAUAACAACUCUAUGCACAUAAACUAGUAAACCUGGAAGAAAUGGAUAAAUUCCUGGACACCUGUGUCCUCCCGAGUCUAAAUCAGGAGAAAGCCGAAACUAUGAAUAGACCAAUAACAAGGUCUGAAGUCGAGGCAGCAGUUAAGAGCCUACCACACAAAUAAAGCCCAGGUCCAGAUGGGUUCACAGCCGAAUUCUACCAGACACACAAAGACGAGCUGGUACCAUUCCUUCUGAAACUAUUCCAAAUAAUCCAAAAAGAGGGAAUCCUUCCCAAAUCAUUGUAUGAGACCAACAUCAUUCUGAUUCCAAAACCCGGCAGAGACUCAACAAGAAAAGAAAAAUUCAGGCCAAUAUUCUUGAUGAACAUAGAUGCAAAAAUCUUCUAUAAAAUACUGGCAAACUGGCUGCAACAGCACAUCAAAAAACUUAUCCAUCAUGAUCAAGUAGGAAUCAUCCUGGGGAUGCAAGGCUGGUUCAACAUACACAAGUCUAUAAACGUAAUUCACCACAUAAACAGAACCAAAAACAAAAACCACAUGAUUAUCUCAGUUGACGCAGAGAAGGCAUUUGACAAAAUUCAACAGCCCUUUAUGCUAAAAACCCUCAAUAAACUCGGUAUUGAUGGAAUGUAUCUCAAAGUAAUAAAAGCUAUUUAUGACAAAUCAACAGCCAAUAUCAUACUGAAUGGGCAAAAACUGGAAGCAUUCCCUUUGAAAUCCGGCACUGGACAAGGAUACCCUCUUUCACCACUCCUAUUCAAUAUAGUACUGGAAGUUCUAGCCCUCUUUCACCACUCCUAUUCAAUAUAGUACUGGAAGUUCUAGCCAUAGCAAUCAGGCAAGAAAAAUAAAUAGAGGGUAUUCAAAUAGGAAAGGUGGAAGCCAAAUUGUUUCUAUUUGCAGACGACAUGGUAGUAUACCUAGAAGACCCCAUCGCCUCAGCCCAAAAACUACUGAAACUAAUAAGCAACUUCAGCAAAGUCUCAGGAUAUAAAAUCAAUGUGCAAAAAUUACAAGCCUUCCUCUACACUAAUAACAGUCUUAAAGAGAGCCAAAUCAAGAACGAACUGCCAUUCACAAUUGCUACAAAAGCAAUAAAAUACCUUGGAAUACAACUCACAAGGAACGUAAGAGACCUCUUCAAGGAAAACUACAAACCACUGCUCAAUGAAAUCAGAGAGGACACGAACAGAUGGAGAAACAUCCCAUGUUCAUGGUUAGGAAGAAUUAAUAUCAUGAAAAUGGCUAUACUGCCCAAAGUAAUUUACAGAAUCAAUGCUAUCCCCAUCAAGCUACCAUUGACUUUCUUUACAGAAUUGGAAAAAACCACCAUGAACUUCAUAUGGAACCAAAAGAGAGCCUGCAUAGCCAAGUCAAUUCUAAGCAAAAAGAACACAGGGGGGGCAUCACACUACCGGAUCUCAAACUAUACUACAAGGCUACAGUAAUCAAAACAGCAUGGUACUGGUACCAAAACAGAGAUAUAGACCAAUGGAACAAAACAGGCAUCAGAGGCAACACAACAUACCUACAACCAUACAAUCUUUGAUAAACCUGACAAAAACAAGCAAUGGGGAAAGGAUUCCCUGUUUAACAAAUGGUGUUGGGAAAACUGGCUAGGCACGUGCAGAAAGCAGAAACUGGACCUCUUCCUGACCCCUUCCUGACACCUUACACUAAAAUUAACUCCAGAUGGAUUAAAGACUUAAACAUAAGACCUGGCACCAAAAAAACCCUAUAAGAAAGUCUAGGCAAAACCAUCCAGGACAUAGGAGUAGUCAAGGACUUCAUGAACAAAACACCAAAAGCAUUGGCAACAAAAGCCAAAAUAGACAAAUGGGACCUAAUGAAAUUCCACAGCUUCUGCACGGCAAAAGAAACAGUCACUAGAGUGAAUCGGCAAGCAACAGAAUGGGAUAAAAUUGUUGCAGUUUACCCAUCUGACAAAGGGCUGAUAUCCAGAAUUUACAAAGAACUCAAACAGAUUUACAGGAAAAAAACAAGCCCAUUCAAAAUUGGGCAAAGGAUAUGAAAAGACACUUUAUGAAAGAAGACAUAUAUGAGGCCAACAAUCAUAUGAAAAAAUGUUCAUCGUCACUGGUCAUCAGAGAGAUGCAAAUCAAAACCACAUUGAGAUACCAUCUCACGCCAGUUAGAAUGGCGAUCAUUACCAAAUCUGGAGACAACAGAUGCUGGAGAGGAUGUGGAGAAAAAGGAACACUUUUACACUGUUGGUGUGAGUGUAAAUUAGUUCAACCAUUGUGGAAGACAGUGUGUCUUCCUCAAGGCCUUAGAAAUAGAAACUCCGCUGGGUAUAUAUCCAAAGGAAUAUAAAUCGUUCUACUAUAAGGACACAUGCACACAAAUGUUCAUUGCAGCACUAUUUACAAUAGCAAAGACCUGGAAUCAACCCAAAUGCCCAUUGAUGAUAGACUGGAUUGGAAAAAUGUGGCACAUAUACACCAUGGAAUAUUAUGCAGCAAUCAGAAAUGAUGAGUUUGUGUCAUUUGUAGGGACAUGGAUGAAUCUGGAGAACAUCAUUCUCAGCAAACUGACACAAGAACAGAAAAUGAAACACCGCAUAUUUCACUCAUAGGCGGGUGAUGAAAAAUGAGAACACAUGGGCACAGGGAGGGGAGUACUAAACACUGGGUUUUAUUGGGGG